AAAAACAAAAAAAGUCACCCGAGAAAAGUUUAUCUCAAAAAUAAGUUUUUCAUUAUUGAAAAAUUUGAAUUCAAAUAUGGAUCCAGAAAGGAAUAUAAAAAGACUCCAUAAGUUAUUUGGAGUAUCUCAUAAGAUACAAAAACUAUCUGCUAGACGUGGAAGUGCAGCCGAUCAUGAAAAAGAAGAACAAGAGAAGAAAAAAAUUCAAGCUUUCAAGGAUCAGCGACAGCAAAGAAUAAGUAAUUUGGGGGCAAACCAUCGUUAUGUGUUGGAAAUUGUCGCUGAUUUUCUUGAAAUAACAACAGAUGAGGCAAUAAUAGGACUUGUUGAUGAUGAGGCCUACACUGAUUUAUUAAAUGGCCUCUUCAAAGAAAAAGGCAAUUUCUCUGCAUUAUUUUGUAAUGCAACUAUGAAUGGAUAUCCCCCAGCUUCAGGACGUUACGUUGAAAAGCUUAAAUAUGCAAAGAUUAUUCGUUUGAUUUGUUACAAAAGUGACCAAGUGCAAAUGGAUGGACGCUGGGUAGUAGCUUUUCGAAAUAGUAAUAAAAAAGCUAUAGAAACUCGAACUAUUUCUGAUGAAAUUGGAAUGUUUGCAUUAUAUUCGGAUAAAAAGGACAUGUCUUUAAAUGUAGUUAAAAAUUUAAUGCAGCAAAUCCUAACACCAUCUCUAGAAGCCGUUACAGAGUUUGGAUUGUGUGAAGAAGAUCAAAAGAUUAAGUUCUUUCAUGGCUUAGAUAUGUAUAAUAAGUUUAUAAGCUCUUCAGAUAUAACUGUUCAAAGUCGAGUGAUUUUCGAAGUUUCACAUAGCUUAUUUAAAGGACUUCUAUUGGCAAAACAUCAAAUAGAGGCCAGUUCAAAGAACAUUCCAAGAGUUCAUUUAGUGCAGCGAUAUUUUGCUCAAUGGCUGCGACAAAUUCAAGGAAUUUUAGUUGAAGGUAAACAAAUUCAACGCGAUGCAAGUGAUGCUGGACCACUUCAAAUAUUGGUCAAUUGGAGACGAUUGCUAACUAGAUAUACUUCGAUUAUUGAGUUUGUUUCAUCGAGGGCGUUUUUAAAUCAUAAGACUUGCUUGGUAUUAUCGAGAUCUUCUAAGCUUCUUAAGAAAUGGACAGAAAUUGAUGGUCAUGUAACUUUGGCUCUCAAUGAGGCUAAGGACAAUGUAAGAUAUAUAGCAUCACUGCAAAAAUUUUGGGAUCCUUUAUAUAGAUCCAGUCCUGAUGUCAUAAUAAGCAGUCUUCCUGGUUUAAUGGUUGCUAUAAGAAAUGUAUGCAAAACAGCACAUUUUUUCAACACACCCAGUAACAUUACUGGUCUUUUUGUUAAAAUAACAAAUCAAUUGACAAUCACCAGCAAAAAAUUCAUAACCGAUAAUAAUCGUUCCAAACUCUGGAAAAUAACACCUCAAACUUUAAUUGAUAGAAUAGAAAAUUGCCGAAGACUAAUGAACAUUUACAAAAUUACAUACUUUGAAAAUGUUGAAAAUAUGAAGGAAUCAAAUGAGGAACCAUGGGUGAUGUCAUCAGUUUAUAUAUUCACGAAUAUGGAAAAGUUUUUAGAUCGUUUAAAAAAGAUAAACGUUAUUUUCAGUACGGAGAUUACUUAUGCAAUUUUGGAUCGAAUUCAAAUAAGUGGAAUGGAAAAGUUUAGAGAUCAAAUAAAAUUGGCGAGGGAAACCAUCAGCAGAAAACCCUAUGAUCCUUUGGAUUUUCGAAUUGAAGCAUUUGACAAGGACUAUGAUGUUUUUGUCAAGACAAUUGAAUCAGCUGAAGUUCAGAUGCAACAAUUUGUAAAAGCUCAAAUUGCUGAUUGUCCCAUGGCCGAAUCUGUGAUUUUGAUUCUUAAGAGAUUUGAAAAACUGAAUCUGGAUUGCUUGUGCUUGGACCGGAGAUAUCUUGAAGUGUGUGAAAUGCUCGAAAAAGAAAUGUUAAAACUAAAAGACGUAUAUAAUCUUGAAAGAGGAAACCCACCAAUACCCAGAAAUGCUCCACCAUUUUCUGGUGGAAUCAAAUGGAUUCGAGCAAUUUUCAAAAAAAUUGACGAACCUAUGAAGGUUCUUAAAGAAAGACCCUGUGUAAUUUGUCAUAAAAAUUCUCAACGCACUGUACAAUACUACAAUUACAUGGCUGGAAUAAUUUCUCACUAUGAAUUGACCCAUCACAAAGCCUGGUUUGAAUAUGCCGAAGAAGUUCGAUGUCAUUUGAAUGCUCCGGUAUUAACACGACAAGAAAACAAUGCAAGGUAUCGAGUUAACUUACAUGAAUCAAUUUUUCGACUUGUCAAAGAAUGUGAAGCAAUGGCCAAAUUAAAUUUGGAGGUGCCAAAUAUUGCAAGUGUUGUAACAUAUUGCAAGGAUCGUAUAUUCAAUCCAUGUGAUGUGUUACAAAAUGCAAUCAAGAAAUUUGAUGACUUACGGAAGGAUAUUAGUCCGGUUUACAUCAAUUUUAUGAGGUUUAGAUUGAGAGAUAUAUUGAUACAACUGAAUCCGGGACUAUCGGAAAUCACUUGGCUUUCGCAGAAUUUUGAAGCUUUUGCGAAAGCAGUUGAAAAGAAAGUUGAUGAAGUUGUAACAUUCUAUGAUUCUAUAAUGAACAUUGAAGACAUUCGAGUUACCAAAGAAAUGGAUAGUCUUUCAAAAAUAAGAUACGUUUAUGUACCAACUGAACCAGUUUCCACAGAUAAAUAUUUGGAAGAAAGUAACAAACUUCGUCAAGAGCUUGAAAAAACAUUAGAACGAAAAUCAGUGUGUAUGGAAAGAGCUGUUAUUGAUAUUAUAAAUAUGUUUGUUGAUCUUCUGGACUUUCCACCAUAUGACUCGAAAAAUCGAAGAGUCUAUCAACUACCACCCGAGAAAAUCAACGACAAUAAUUGGCGUACCGAAGGUGCAAUGCCAAUUGAUAAAUACGAUUGGAUACAGUUUAAUAAGAUCUAUCGAGUGAUCUAUAUUGUUCCUGAUGAUGUCUUGAGGGGCUUGCAAUUUCGAAAUUAUGAAAAUUUAAGAUAUGAACUGAGUCAUUUGCGCAACGAUUGUAUGGAUUUAUUUUCGUACUAUAAUAUGAAAAUGAUUUUAGCUUUGGUGCAGUGUUCAAAACGUUCUUUGGAUUUUGUUAAGUAUUCCAUUUUGAAGUCAAAUUGGAGAACUGGUAAUCAAAAACCUAUUCUCUACACGAAUAUGGGCAUAGACUUUGAAAAGAAUUGCUUUAUUGAACCAAAUAUUGAAGUAAUGCAGACGAAUUUUCAUGCAGCUAUUCAAAUUUGCACCGAAAUUAAUUACUUCGUUACGAAUUGGGGACGUCAGGCGAAAACGUUUGAAAGAAAACUUCGAAGAGUUACAGUUGAUGAGAAUCGUCAUGAAAGGACAUUUUUCAAAUAUAUUGUUGAACAUAAAGACAUAAUUCGAGCAGUUCAAAACUUGGCAACUGGAUUGUACAUUUACAAACAGGAUAUUGAAGAACUACUCAUUAAAGUUUUUGAAAAACACAAAUAUUUAUGGGCCGAGAACCGAUAUGAAAUAAUUCAAUCUUUUGUCCAAACAAAUCCAUUGACUGUGGACAUUCGAGACAAAUUUGUGGAAUAUGACAACAUUACAUCCAGUUUGGAAAAUUUAAAUCCUUUAGCAGUUGUUGGAGCUAUUGAAAUAAGAAUGCAUCGAGUUAUUGAAAAGCUUGUCGAAGAGUCAAGAAAUUGGAAAACCAUUUUGGGUCAACUUUUAAGUGCUCAAUAUAAAAAGCAACUUAAUGAAAUGGUUGAUUUCAUCAAUGAAAUGGAAUUUAUUCUAAGUAAACCUAUUAAAGAUCUUGAUGAUGUCCGAAUGGCUAUGAAUUGUUUGGAGAAAAUUCGUGAUAACUCUAUAAAAAUGGAUAUGGAUUUGGGUUUAAUUACUGACACGUAUCUUCUUUUCUCAACCUACAAAAUUUCUAUACCUCAAGAGGAUUAUGAUAAAGUUGACAGUCUUCAACUAGCUUUUAAUAAUAUGAUGGAUAAUUCAAAGAAAAUUUCAGCACGUAUCGCUGCCAUGGAACAACCACUUAUGAAAGAACUUGAAGAAGGCAUCGGGCAGUUUGUUAAAGAUUUCAAUAACUUCAACGAAGACUUUGAAGCUAAAGGACCAAUGAUUGAUGGAAUUUCAGCAAAAGAAGCUAGCGAUCGUGUAUUUAUUUUUCAGAAUAGAUUCGAUGAGUUGUGGCGAAAAUUCGAAAUGUAUGGUAGUGGAGAGAAAUUGUUUGGACUUCCUAUUACUGAUUAUCCGCUAAUGCAUCAACGAAAGAGGGAAUUCAAUUAUUUGAAUCGAUUGUAUUCGUUGUAUAUUGUGGUAUUGAAAACAAUUGGGGAUUAUUAUGAAAUGCCAUGGAGUGAGGUUGAUAUUGAGAAGAUCACUAAUGAACUUCAGGACUUCCAAGUAAGAUGUCGCAAGUUACCGAAAGGAAUGCAAACGUGGCCAGCUUUUAUCGAUCUUAAAACAAAAAUCGAUGACUUCAAUGAAACUUGUCCACUUCUCGAACUUAUGACAAACAAAGCCAUGAAAGAUCGUCAUUGGGUUCGUCUUAAUAAGCUCCUCAAUACUGACUAUGAUGUAACAAGUCCGAAGUUUACUCUGGGUAAACUCUUAGAAGCUCCAAUACUUCGACACAAAGAAGAUGUUGAAGACAUUUGUGUUGGUGCUAGCAAAGAAUUAGAUAUUGAAGCCAAGCUCAAACAAGUCAUAACCGAUUGGUCUUCAGUUAAUAUUCAAUUAGCUUCAUUUAAGAAUCGAGGUGAAUUAGUCUUGAAGGGUGGAGAAACUCUGGAAAUAAUCGCCUCCUUAGAAGAUAGUUUAAUGGUUAUGAAUUCACUUGCUUCAAAUCGAUAUAAUGCUCCAUUCAAGAAAGAUAUAACUUUGUGGUUGACGAAAUUAUUCAAUACUGGAGAGAUUUUGGAAAAAUGGUUAAUUGUACAAAAUCUUUGGAUUUAUUUGGAAGCUGUAUUUGUUGGAGGCGAUAUUUCUAAGCAAUUGCCAUUGGAAGCCAAGAGAUUUACAAAUAUUGACAAGAAUUAUGUUAAAAUUAUGUACAGAGUUCGAGAAAUACCUAAUGCAGUAGAAUGUUGUACUGGAGACGAAAGUUUGGCAACAAUGUUGUCUUUUCUAUUGGAACAACUCGAAACCUGCCAAAAAUCGUUAACAGGAUAUCUCGAGUCGAAAAGACUUGUCUUUCCACGAUUCUUCUUCGUUUCGGAUCCUGUUCUACUUGAAAUCCUUGGUCAAGCUUCUGAUCCGACUACAAUUCAGCAACAUUUGUUAAGCAUUUUUGAUGCUGUUGCUUUUGUAGACUUUCAAGAUAAAACAAUUGACGUUAUAAUUGCCCUGAAUUCAUCCAAUGGCGAGAAGGUUAUGUUAGAAAAUGCUGUACAGUGCUCAGGAGGUGUUGAAUUGUGGCUUGGGAAGCUUCUUAAAGAAAUGCAAGACUCAAUGCGGACUGUAUUAGCAGGGAUGGCUUUAAGUCUGCGUGAUCCAGAGUUUAAUUUUGCUGAAGAGUUUCCCAGUUUUUGUGGUCAAGCUGGAUUAUUGGGCGUUCAGUUACUAUGGACAAAAGAAGCUGAAUUUGCUUUGAGGAAAUGCCGAACAGAUAAGACAAUCAUGAAGAGAACAAAUACUCGAUUUCUUAAUUUGCUCAAUCAUUUUAUUGAUUUGACGGUUAAAGAUUUAACGAAAUUAGAUCGAAUUAGAUUUGAAACUAUGGUUACUAUUCAUGUUCAUCAAAGAGAUAUUUUUGAUGAUCUUUGCACAAUGCGUAUUAGAACUGCUUCGGAUUUUGAAUGGCAAAAACAAGCAAGAUUUUAUUAUAAUGAAGAAAAUGAUGAUAUUAUUGUGGCGAUAACAGAUGUGGACUUUAUUUAUCAAAAUGAGUAUUUAGGGGUUACUGAAAGAUUAGCAAUUACACCUCUUACAGAUAGGUGUUAUAUUACGUUAGCUCAAGCAAUUGGUAUGUCUAUGGGCGGUGCACCAGCUGGUCCAGCUGGAACUGGCAAAACAGAAACCACCAAAGAUAUGGGUCGAGCAUUGGGACAGCUGGUUGUUGUUUUCAACUGUUCCGAUCAAAUGGACUUUAGAGGCUUGGGAAGAAUUUACAAAGGCCUAGCUCAAUCGGGUUCCUGGGGUUGUUUUGAUGAAUUCAACAGGAUUGAACUGCCUGUGUUGUCUGUCGCAGCACAACAAAUAUAUAUUGUUUUAACUGCUCGCAGAGAAAAACGAACCAGUUUUAUAUUCAGCGAUGGUGAUCUGGUGUCUUUGAAUCCAGAAUUUGGACUUUUCAUUACUAUGAAUCCUGGCUAUGCCGGGCGACAAGAAUUACCAGAAAAUUUGAAAAUAAUGUUUCGAACAGUUGCCAUGAUGGUUCCCGAUCGACAAAUCAUUAUACGUGUCAAGCUUGCUAGUUGUGGUUUCAAAGACAAUAUUGUGCUGUCACGAAAAUUCUUCACUCUUUACAAGCUUUGUGAAGAGCAACUCUCAAAACAAGUUCAUUAUGAUUUUGGUUUGAGAAAUAUACUUUCGGUCUUGAGAACUUUGGGAGCUCAAAAAAGAGCAAAUCCCUUAGACACCGAAGAGACUAUUGUAAUGAGAGUUUUGAGAGAUAUGAAUGUUUCGAAACUUAUUGAUGAAGAUGAAGGACUAUUUUUGUCUUUGAUUGAAGAUAUGUUCCCAGGUAUCAAUCUUACUCAGGGAGUUUAUAAAGAUUUACAGAAAUCUAUUGCGAAAUGCUCGGAAGAAUUAGGUUAUGUUAAUAAUCCUGAAUGGAAUUUAAAAGUUGUUCAACUCUAUGAGACUUCGCUGGUACGUCAUGGUCUCAUGAUGAUGGGACCAACAGGAUCGGGAAAGACAAGUUGUACUCUAACUUUGCUCAAGUGUUUUACUGAUAUGGGACUUCCUCACAAGGAAAUGAGAAUGAAUCCAAAGGCAAUAACGGCACCACAAAUGUUUGGUCGCUUAGAUGUGGCUACUAAUGAUUGGACAGAUGGUAUAUUUUCGACACUCUGGCGCAGAGCUCUUAAAGUCAAAAAAUCUGAGUUCUGCUGGAUUGUACUUGACGGGCCUGUCGACGCAGUUUGGAUUGAGAAUCUUAACUCAGUGUUGGAUGACAAUAAAACUCUGACACUGGCCAAUGGUGAUCGUAUCAAAAUGGCCGACAAUUCUAAGCUAACUUUUGAGCCAGACAAUUUAGACAAUGCUUCGCCUGCUACUGUGAGUCGAAUGGGAAUGGUAUUUAUGAGUUCUUCAGUUCUCAAAUGGACUGUUUAUAUGGAAGCUUGGGUCCGAAAACGUAAUGCCCAAGAGGCAGAAGUUUUAAGACGUUGUUUUGGAGCCAUUUACGAUGAUGUCCAUACAUUUAUGCAGACGAAAUUGGUAGCUAAGAUGAAGAUUCUUGAAGCAAUUUACAUUAAACAAAUGUUGGAAAUUAUGGAUGGGAUACUCGAAAAUGAAGCCAAUCGAACAGAGAGGUAUUUAGAAAGAACUUUUCUCUUUGCUUUGAUGUGGACAAUUGGGGCUGUGCUUGAAAUUGCCGAGAGAGAAAAAUUAGAAGAGUAUAUUCUGAAGCAUAUUUCAAAAUUAAGAUGGCCAAAAAAGCAACCAAAUGAAACAAUUUUUGAAUAUUAUGUCGAUGAAAAUGGCAAUUGGCAACACUGGAGUACAAAAAUUGAACAAUUCAUCUAUCCGGAAGAUAGCAUACCUGAGUUUUCAUCAAUUCUAGUUCCGAAUGUUGAUAAUGUUCGAACAGCUUUUCUUAUUCACAAUAUUGCCAAGCAGAAGAAGCAAGUGCUUCUUAUUGGUGAACAAGGUACAGCAAAGACUGUAAUGAUUAAAGGUUAUAUGGCUGGUUAUGAUCCGGAGAGUCAUUUGUCGAAAUCUUUUAAUUUUUCGUCAGCUACUACACCAAAUAUGUAUCAGAGAAUUAUAGAAUCUUAUGUAGAGAAACGAGUUGGAACGAGUUAUGGCCCACCUGGACAGAGGUCUAUGACAAUAUUUAUUGAUGACAUCAAUAUGCCAGUUAUUAAUGAGUGGGGAGAUCAGAUUACCAAUGAGAUUGUUCGUCAAAUGAUCGAGCAGAAGGGAUUCUACUCUCUUGAGAAACCAGGUGACUUUUCGACCAUUCUCGACAUUCAACUACUUGGAGCAAUGAUCCAUCCGGGUGGUGGUCGCAAUGAUAUUCCGAAUCGUUUGAAACGGAAUUUUUCAAUUUUCAAUUGUACCUUACCAAGCAAUAAUUCCAUGGAUCAAAUCUUUAAUAACAUCGGUCAAGGAUACUUUUGUUCAGCAAGAUUUAAUGAAGAAGUUGUCAAUGUUAUUCCUCUUCUUGUUCCAUUGACAAGAAUAUUUUGGCAAAAUAUCAAAGCCAAAAUGUUACCAACUCCAGCUAAUUUUCAUUACGUCUUCAAUUUGCGUGAUUUGUCAAGAAUAUGGGAAGGUGUUUUGAAGAUUGCUGGUGAAGAAUGUAAUACUGUUGAGACUGUCUUAAAGCUUUGGAAGCACGAAUGCACACGAGUUAUAGCUGAUCGCUUUACUGCUGAAAAGGAUAAACUAUGGUUUAAUGAUCGAAUAAGAAAAGAUGCUAAAGAACAUUUGGGUGUAUAUUUCGAACAAUUUCCUUCAGAAGAAACGUUCUUUGUGGAUUUCUUACGCGAUCCACCAGAAGGUGGUGAAGAUGAUGAAGAUGUUUCUUUAGAACCACCGAAGAUAUAUGAAGAAAUACCAAGCUUUGAUUUUACAAAAACAAAAGUACUUUUCUACAUGGGACAAUUUAAUGAAUUGGUACGAGGUUUUACAAUGGAUUUGGUUUUCUUCCACGAUGCAUUAGUUCAUUUAAUUAUUGUUUCAAGAAUCCUUCGAACACCAAGAGGAAAUGCACUUUUAGUUGGUGUUGGAGGUUCGGGAAAGCAAAGCUUAACAAGACUUUCAUCAUUCAUAGCUGGUUACAAGUUUUUCCAAAUAACUUUAACGCGGGCUUAUAAUGUUACAAACUUGGUGGAAGAUUUGAAAUAUCUUUACAGAACUGCUGGUUUAGAAGGCAAAGGCAUCACUUUUAUAUUCACCGACAAUGAAAUAAAAGAUGAAUCCUUCCUCGAAUACAUCAACAAUAUUUUGAGUUCGGGAGAAAUUGCUAACUUGUUUGCUAAAGAUGAACUUGAUGAAAUCUACAAUGAAAUCAUACCAAUAAUGAAAAAAGUCCAGCCACGAAGACCACCAACUCAAGACAAUCUAUAUGAUUUCUUCAUAUCUAGAGCAAGAUAUAACUUACAUAUUGCGCUAUGCUUCUCACCGAUUGGUGAAAAGUUCCGUGGACGGUCUCUCAAAUUUCCAGGCCUCAUAUCUGGUUGCGUUAUCGAUUGGUUUCAAAAAUGGCCUGAAGAUGCUCGUGUUGCUGUUUCACGACACUAUCUCAAAGACUUUGAAAUUGUCUGCUCUGUCCAAGCUAAAGAACAAGUUAUUCAAAUAAUGAGUACAAUACACGAAACCGUUUCUGAAGCUUGCAUCCAAUAUUUCGAAAGAUUCCGGCGAUCAACAUUUGUUACACCAAAAUCGCUAAUUUCAUUUUUAGAAAGUUACAAAAAGAUUUACAAUGAUAAGCGAAAAAAUAUAAUUGUUAUGUCUGAUCGAAUGUCAUCGGGCUUAGAUAAGCUCGAUGAAGCUGGAAGUUCUGUAGAGAUUUUAAAAGUUGAUCUUAUAGAAAUGAACAAAGAUAUUGUGAUUGCAACUGCAGAAGCUGAGGUAGUUCUUGAAACUGUGGCUAAGUCAACAGAAGCUGCAGAGUCGAUUAAAGCUCAAGUGGCUGUGAAGAAGAUUCAAGCUGAAGAGUUGGUAAUACUGAUUUCAGCUGAUAAGGAAGUAGCUGAGGCGAAAUUAGAAAAAGCCAGACCAGCUUUGGAGGAAGCUGAAGCAGCUCUAAAAACCAUUAAAGCUGCUGAUAUUGCAACCGUGAGAAAAUUAGGAAAACCUCCAUAUCUCAUCACUUUAAUCAUGGAUGCUGUUUGUAUUCUAUUUCGAAGACGCUUAAAGCUUGUUAGUCCAGAUCCUGAAAAACGCUUUUUAGUCUCUUCCUGGGAAGAGUCCCUUAAAGUUAUGGCCGAUACUGGAUUCCUUCGGAAGAUUGUCGAGUAUCCAACUGAUCUGAUAAAUGCUGAAAUGGUAGACCUCCUAAUUCCCUACUUUGACUAUAGCUUAUAUACAUUUGAUGCAGCUAAAGCAGCUUGUGGCAAUGUAGCCGGUUUACUUUCAUGGACCAUUGCCAUGGCUAAGUACUUUGAAGUGAAUAAAGAAGUUCUUCCACUCAAGGCCAAUUUAGCUAUUCAAGAAGCCAAACAUCGCAAAGCUUCUGCUGACUUACAGGAAGCACAAGAUAUGCUUCAAGCUGCCGAGCAAGAGCUAAUGGAGGUGCAGAAAAAGUUCGAUGAGGCCCAAGAAAAAAAGAACGCUAUUCUAGCUGAAGCUAAAAAAUGCCAAGACAAAAUGGACGCAGCAACAGCUCUAAUCGGCGGACUUGCUGGAGAAAAAAUCCGAUGGACAGAGCAAAUAGCACAGUUCAAGAGUGAAACGGAAAGAUUAGUUGGGGAUAUAAUUUACCUGACUGCUUUCUUGUCCUAUACAGGACCUUUUAAUCAGGAAUUCCGUACUGACUUGCAAAACAGCUGGUUGAAGGAACUUAACGAAAGAUCAAUUCCUCUUUCGUCAAACAUCAAUAUUAUUGAUAGUCUCACAGAUCGAUCACAAAUCGGUGAGUGGAACCUACAAGGUUUACCAUCUGAUGACUUGUCCAUACAAAAUGGCAUCAUAGCAACUAAAGCUGUUAGAUUUCCCUUGCUCAUUGAUCCUCAAUCUCAAGGAAAGUCUUGGAUUAAGCAAAAAGAGAAAGAAUUCUCAUUGAUUGUUACCUCUCUAAAUCACAAAUACUUCCGGAAUCAUAUCGAAGAUGCUGUUUCAAUGGGCUUGCCAGUGAUUAUUGAAGACGUUGGUGAGGAAUUAGAUCCUUGCUUGGAUAAUGUCUUGGAUAGAAAUCUUCUGAAAGUCGGUACAACAUUUAAAAUUAAACUUGGCGACAAAGAAAUCGACUAUAAUGACCAAUUCCGACUUUAUAUUACCACAAAAUUGCCAAAUCCUGCCUACACUCCCGAAGUAGCAGCAAGGACAUCAAUAAUUGAUUUCACUGUGACCAUGAAGGGCCUUGAAGAUCAACUUCUAGGCCGUGUGAUACUUUACGAACGGAAGGAACUUGAAGAAGAACGUACAAAUUUAGUAGAAACUGUUACCGGAAAUAUGAAAAAGAUGAAAGAACUAGAAGCUAAUCUUCUUCAUAAGUUAUCUACCAUUGAAGGUAGUCUCCUUGAUGAUGUUAGUGUGAUUGAAGUCUUGAACACAUCAAAGAAUACAGCAAUUGAAGUGAAAGAAAAGCUUGAAAUUGCUAGAAUAACCGAGACGAAGAUUAACAUUGCUCGGGAAGAGUACCGUCCAGUGGCAACUCGGGGAAGUGUACUUUACUUCUUGGUUUGCACCAUGGCUAUGGUGAAUGUCAUGUAUCAAACUUCUUUGGGACAGUUCUUGGAACGAUUCGAUGCUUCAAUGGAGAAUUCAAAAAAGACACAUAUCACUCAGCAAAGAAUCCAGCGAAUCAUCAAAUAUCUUACCUUUGAGAUUUAUCGAUACAAGUCCCGUGGACUCUACGAAGAUCACAAGUACCUUUUCGUCCUUCUAAUCGCCUUGAACAUUGAUCGCCAAUUAGAAAUUGUAUCCUAUGAUGAGUUACAGAACUUUAUCAAAGGUGGCGCUUCUUUGAAUCUUAACGAUUGUCCACCAAAUCCAUUUCGAUGGGUCACUGAUGAGACCUGGCUGAAUUUGGUUCAGUUGUCCAGGUUACCUCAGUUCUCGAAUAUUUUGGAUAAAGUCAGUAACAACGAACGUGGUUGGCAGAAUUGGUUUAAGAAAGAUAACCCUGAAAAUGAAACUAUUCCGGAUGGUUAUAAUAACUUGGAUCCAUUCCGAAAGUUGCUUUUAGUUCGAUCUUGGUGUCAGGACCGUACAAUUGCUCAGAGUCGGAAGUAUAUAGCCAGUUCGUUGGGACAAAGGUUUGCUGAGCCAAUUAUUUUGAAUUUCGACCAACUUCUUGAAGAAAGCAAACCACUUACCCCGAUUAUUUGCUUUUUGUCGAUGGGAUCAGAUCCUUCGCCAAAUAUCGAAGCACUUGCCAAGAAGAAUGAGGUGAAAUGCUUCUCUAUAUCCAUGGGUCAAGGGCAAGAAAUUCAUGCAAGAAAACUGAUAGCCACUUGCCUGGAAGAAGGCGGUUGGGUUUUACUUCAGAAUUGCCAUUUGGGAUUGGACUAUAUGAAUGAACUGACACUAUUAAUCUUAGACCUCGAAAAGAACGGAACUGGUUUUCAGGAUAAUUUCCGAGUUUGGAUAACAACGGAACCUCAUAAUGACUUUUCGAUAACAUUACUCCAAAUGGCGGUUAAGUUUACCAAUGAGCCACCGGCUGGUAUUAGAGCCGGUCUUCAACGGACUUAUGGAAAUUUAUCUCAAGACUUUUUAGACUACAGUCAAUCGGUGUUUUAUCAUCCAUUAGUAUUUUCUAUAUCUUUUCUGCAUUCGGUGGUACAGGAACGUCGAAAAUACGGUCCACUUGGGUGGAAUAUUCCGUACGAAUUCAAUUUCGCUGAUUGGUAUGCAAGUUGUUUGUUCGUACAGAAUCAUCUUGAUGAUUUGGAUCCGGUUAGAGGAAUAAGUUGGAGCACUGUUCGAUAUAUGUUGGGUGAAGUACAAUAUGGAGGUCGGGUUACCGAUGAUUAUGACAAACGUUUAUUGAACACUUUUGCCAGAGUUUGGUUUAGUGAUGAGCUUUUUGCGGAAGCUUUUCAGUUUUUCAAAGGCUAUAAGAUAUUUAGCUAUAAAACAAAAGAAGAAUAUUUAGAGGCAAUUGAUACAAUGAAGACAGUUGAUCCUCCACAGGUUUAUGGAUUCCAUUCAAAUGCAGAUAUUACUUUUCAGACAAAUGCUACCAAGUCGAUAUUGGAUACUAUAAUUUCUAUUCAACCAAAGGAAUCUUCUGCUGGAAGUGGAGAAACUCGUGAAGAUAAAGUUGCUAGAGCAACUAGAGAAAUGUUAAGCAAGAUGCCUAUGCCUUAUGAUCUUUUUGAGGUAAAAGAGAGACUUAAGGCAAUGGGUGCUACGAGUUCAAUGAAUAUUUUCUUGAGACAAGAAAUUGAUCGAAUGCAAAAGAUAAUAAUUUUGGUGAGAAUUACUUUGAAGGAUUUACUAUUAGCAAUUGAAGGAACAAUUAUUAUGAGUGAACAAUUGCGAGAUGCUUUGGAUAAUAUAUUCAAUGCGAGAGUGCCAAGUGUUUGGAAACGUGGCAGUUGGCUUUCAUCUAGUUUGGGAUUUUGGUUUACAGAGUUGCUAGAACGGAAUAAUCAAUUUCAGAAUUGGUGUUUUGGGAGUCGACCAGUGGUAUUCUGGAUGUCGGGUUUCUUUAAUCCUCAAGGUUUCCUAACAGCUAUGAAACAAGAGGUCGCAAGAGCUCACCAUGGAUGGGCACUGGAUCAAGUUACCAUGCACAACGAUGUGCUAAGAUUAUCCAUGGAAGAAUGCAAGAAACCACCGAAAGAGGGUGUAUUUAUACAUGGUUUAUUUGUCGAUGGAGCCGGUUGGGACCGAAAAACAUCUAGACUCAUUGAAGCUACAAAUAAAGUGCUCUACGUAGCAAUGCCUGUUGUUCAUAUAUACGCGAUAAAUUCAGUUGCACCAAAGAAUCCAAAACUUUACACAUGUCCUGUUUAUAAAAAGAUGAAUCGUACAGAUUUAAAUUACAUUACUCCAUUGUGGGUUGCUUCACUGAAACCACCAGAACAUUGGAUUCUUCGAGGAGUUGCACUUCUGUGUGACAUCAAAUAAUUAAUCAAAAAUAUUAUUAUUAUUGUUUUUUUUUGUAUGUUUUGUUUAUUACAAAUUUUUUUUAACGUUAAUUAUUUUAAUUACUAAAUCAUUAUUAUUUAUUUACACACCGA